GUUCCAGCGCUAAAACACGCAAAACGUUUAAAAAAUUUACAAUUUAUUAUUAAAAAUUACUAAAAAUAAUCAAAAAUGGCAAGAAAUGCAGAAAAAGCAAUGACCACACUUGCUCGUUGGAGAGCAGCAAAAGAAGCUGAAACUGGUGCAAAAGAUAGAAGACCCUAUCUAGCUUCCGAGUGUACAGAAUUGCCAAAAUGUGAAAAAUACCGAUUAGAAAUUAUUCGAGAAAUAUCCAAGAAAGUUACACAAAUACAAAAUGCUGGAUUAGGUGAGUUUCGUAUAAGAGAUCUAAAUGAUGAAAUCAAUAAGCUUCUUCGAGAGAAACGCCAUUGGGAGAAUCAGAUAUCGGCUCUCGGUGGGCCACAUUAUCGCCGAUAUGGUCCGAAGAUGUUUGAUGCCGAAGGUCGUGAAGUGCCAGGCAAUAGAGGAUAUAAAUACUUUGGAGCUGCCAAAGAUCUACCCGGGGUGAGAGAACUCUUUGAACAGGAACCACCUGCACCGCAAAGAAAAACUCGUGCCGAGUUAAUGAAAGACAUCGACGCUGAAUAUUAUGGCUAUCGAGAUGAUGAUGAUGGAAUUCUGAUUCCACUGGAAGAAAAAGCUGAAAAAUUAGCCAUACAAAAAGCCCAUUUAGAAUGGAAAGAGAAAAUGGCCAACAAUGAGCGAAUGGACGAUGAGGAAGAAGAAGACAUUUAUCCGGUUUCGGCUCCAGUGGCGGAGAGGGAAGAACAACAAUCUAAAGAUGUUGUUGAUCCAAUGGAUAUGUUGGCACCUCGAUUUACAGCUCAUGUUCCGGUACCCACACAAAAAGACAUCGAAUCGGCUUUGUUGAGAAAAAGAAAACAAGAGCUUUUGGAUAAAUAUGUUGGAGAUGAUUAAAAAUAUGUACUAGAAAUUAAAGAUUUUUUAUUUGGGUUUGAAAAAAGA